UCUUUUCUAGCAUUACUGCAGUUGCCACUUUCAUCUGUCUGAAAGUCAUCUGGCAUAUAACUAUCCAUCAUGCCUAAGGAAAAAGCCCAUAUCAACAUCGUGGUCGUCGGUCACGUAGAUUCCGGCAAAUCAACCACCACCGGUCAUCUCAUCUACAAAUGCGGUGGAAUCGACAAGCGUGUCAUCGAGAAAUUCGAGAAGGAAGCUUCCGACCUUGGAAAGGGAUCGUUCAAGUAUGCCUGGGUUCUUGACAAGCUGAAGGCAGAGCGUGAACGUGGCAUCACCAUUGACAUCGCCCUGUGGAAGUUUGAAACCCCAAAGUACUGUGUCACUGUCAUCGAUGCACCUGGUCAUCGUGAUUUCAUCAAGAACAUGAUCACUGGAACCUCACAGGCCGACUGUGCCGUGUUGGUUGUUGCCGCUGGUAUUGGAGAGUUUGAGGCUGGUAUCUCCAAGGAUGGGCAGACACGAGAGCAUGCCCUGCUGUGCUACACCUUGGGUGUCAAGCAGCUCAUUGUUGCUGUCAACAAGAUGGACAGCGCACAAUACAAUGAAGCCCGUUUCAAAGAAAUCGUCAGGGAGGUCUCUGGCUACAUCAAGAAGGUUGGCUACAACCCAAAGGCUGUGCCCUUCAUCCCAAUCUCAGGAUUUGGUGACAACAUGAUGGAGGCAGCCACAACGACUAUGCCAUGGUUCAAGGGGUGGUCAAUUGAACGCAAGGAUAAUAAUGCCAGUGGAGUGACCCUGUUGAAUGCCCUUGAUGCUAUCAUGCUCCCUAAGAGGCCACAUGACAAGCCUCUUCGUCUACCACUCCAGGAUGUCUACAAAAUUGGAGGUAUUGGAACUGUGCCAGUGGGCCGUGUUGAAAGUGGAACAAUCAAGGCCGGUAUGAUCGCUAGGUUUGCCCCUGCCAAUUUGACCACUGAGGUGAAGUCUGUGGAGAUGCACCAUGAAACUUUGGAGGCAUUGCCAGGUGACAACGUCGGCUUCAAUGUCAAGAACGUCUCUAUCAAGGAUAUCAGGCGUGGUAUGGUUUGCGGAGAAUCCAAGGACAAUCCCCCAAUGGCUGCCAAGUCCUUCCAGGCUCAGGUCAUUGUCAUGAACCACCCCGGUGAGAUCCAUGCUGGCUACACCCCGGUUUUGGAUUGUCACACAGCUCACAUUGCCUGCAAGUUCGCAGAACUCAAGGAGAAGCUCGACCGUCGAUCAGGCAAGAGUCUUGAGGAUAACCCCAAGUUUGUGAAGAGUGGUGAUGCCGUCAUUGCCAAACUGAUUCCCUCCAAGCAGAUGGUGGUUGAGAGUUACACAGAUUUUGCUCCUCUUGGACGUUUUGCUGUCCGUGACAUGAGGCAGACCGUAGCCGUCGGUGUGGUGAAGUCUGUCGAAAAGGAUGAAGCAUCUACAGGCAAGGUUACCAAGUCUGCCCAGAAGGCUGGCAAGAAGAAAUGAUGGCGAUGGCAUUCUGCAUCCCAAGGCUACAACAUGUACCCACUCCCCUUCACUAAUGAGUUCAAAGGAAUCACUGCAAGCCUUCGUUUACCUAUGCUUCUUGAAAAAAUGAAAACCCAAAGAAUAUCACACUAAUUCUUCCUCCGCAGAUAGCAGAGGAAGAUAGUGUUGCUAUUAUAUCGGCAGCAUGUUUUUAUCAAGUCUAUUCUAAACAAGACUGUUACAGCAAAUGUGCUGAGAGUAAAACAAAAAUAAAAGAAACGCUUAAUAUUGCUCUAAAUAUGUACCACCCAUGAAAGACGAAUGGGGUUAUAAGAAGUGACAUUUCUUUGAAAUUUUAAAAUAAGUAUGUCUGUAUCAAGGUAUAAUCAAAAAGCUUAUCACACACUGUGUGCUGCACCAAGUUUUAUUUAACCCUGAAAGGCAGGGGUUGUUUGACAUACAGCACUGGGAGCUCACCCAUGAUCUCGAUUUAGUUAACACAACAAAAUAAAAAGAGAAGUCAUCUUUUUUGCAACACGGUAAACAUGCAGGCAAAAUGUGGUCCUCAUGGGUUAAUCAUUAAUCAGAUAUGUUUUUACAUCUGUGUUGCAUGUAAGCAAAUUGAUUUUGGAAAUCCUUAGUUCAAGUGGCAAUUGCAACUAAAUGUGCUCAAGUGAUCUACUUGUAUGGACAGAGCUGGUCCUUAAUUUUGGAAAAUAUAAUUUCUUGGUGACUUAACAAUUUAUUUGUAUGUAAAUGGAAACAAGUGUAUGCCUUGGAAAUAAAUAUUAAAAAAAAA